AUGUCAUAAUCAAACAUAACCUUUUAAUUGUUUAACAUGUUAUAAAAUUUAAUAUUUUAUAAAUAUUUAAAUAUGUCUAAUAGUCAUUUGUUUUUAAAGUCUGCGUUCCCAAGAGCUCCUUUACAAAACGGCUUAGGACGUUAUGUAUGUCAAUUACAACGACUAACUAUUCGGUAUUGUAAAAGUCAUGGAAGUAGCAGAGGUGUGAGGGAAUUUCUUGAAUCAAAAUUAUUAGAUUUUUCAAAAGCAAAUGAGGGAGUUGUUGUAUAUGUAAAACCACGACGACAUAAAGGACCAAGUUUGGUUGCAGAAUAUUUAAACGGAGAUCGCCAAGUGAUAUUUUGUAAAGAUUACACAAAGGAAGAAGUGGGAAAAUGGAUUGAACUUUUAAGAACUCAAAGCGGUGAAAAAACAAAUGUUCGCUUUCGUAAAUUAUGGCACACCGAUAAUCCAUCUAUUCAAGGUCCAUGGACACCAUUUACGUUUAGAGAACCAUCAAUUAACUUGACUAAGUUUCCUAAUAAUGAAUUGUCAAGCUCAAUAAAAUUGGAACCAACAGCUACAGAAACUUUAAUUGAGCUAUUCGAAAAACAGAAACUUGAAUCUAAAUAGAUUAAAUAAAAAUUAAUUGUAUAAAUUGUUUAGUGAAUACAUUUAUUAGUUUGUAUA